CGUACAUAUAAAAGCACUACCCAUAUUUCUGUCUCUAUUCGUCUUUGCCGGCACUCUCAAAGCCCUAGCCACCUCUCGAUCAAUUCGUGGACGUAUUGAAGGGGGAAGGAAAAGAUGGGAGCUUGAGGUUGUUUAUUCCCUUUGGCGGUUUUAGGAAAACUUUGCUAGCUCAACUAGGAUGAACUCUGGUAUUGGGAUGCUGAAGAUUUUGAGUUUGUAUGCACUUUUCUCCUCUGACUCUUGCUGAUUAGUUUGAUUCAGAUAAUUUUACAGCAAAUGGAUCGACGUGAUACUUCAGGGUUUGUUAGUGGGGGUGGGAUGUACUCAUUUAGAGACAUCUAACCCUAGUUUUGUAGCUAACUUUUCAACCCGGAAGUCAGGGAGACUGUUCCUUGUUAUUACAUUUGCUUCAGAUAAGAGUGUUGCAUCUUAGCUGUGAGGUCAUGGAUGCCAGAUUCCACAAUUUGGGUUUUGCUGCUAACCCUGCGUUGAAUGCAUUCGAGAAUCUGGGUAAUUCCUUUCAAAUUGGAGUUGCUGGUGGUGGUUUUUGUGCAGAUACUACACUGUGUCUUGAUUCUUCUGGCUCACCAAUCCCUUUUGUAUCUGCCUCAAAGGGAAUGAAAAGGAAAUGGGGCUUGAUUGACGGUUCUGUGGGUCAGCAAUUGGAAUCAUCGUUGUGUCUCCGUCUAGGCCAUUCAACAAGUUCCUCAGACAGUAAAGGGAGUUCAGCAACUGCAUGCACAUCAAUCUCUUCGGCAAAAGAAAUUGAAGAGUCAUCUUCGAUGGACCUAGAACUGGACUUCUCCCUCCAUCUUGGAAAUGAUAAAACAUUUAGCCCAAGGAAAUCUACUAGUUCUAGUUCUAAAUUAGUGGAUGUCUGGCCAAAGGUUGAUCUGGAGUUGAGUCUUUCCAGUGGGACUGCUGAAUCUGAUGUCACCUCUAUCCAUUUGAGCUCUACCCCACCACAAAAUGUUGUAGACCAGAUGCACGUGGCUGUUGGUGGGGCAUUUUACACCGAAGAAGGAUCGAUAUCAUCAAGCUUGAAUAUGGGGAGCUUAUUUCAUCCAUUGCCGACUGUGGAUAACUUGCAGACUAGUUACUUGCUAAACAAAGCUGUAAGAGAUUUGAAACCAGCUGCAACCACUCCUGAGCUUUCAACAAGCAUGGUAACAACACCAAAAAGCUCAGUCACCUGUACUUCCGGGAUAACUCAACAGCAACAGCAGCGUAGUACCAGUACGAAACAGUGUCAAUUCAACGGAUGUGUAAAAGGGGCUAGAGGUGCUUCUGGCCUUUGCAUCGCCCAUGGAGGUGGGCGGAGGUGUCAGAGACUUGGUUGCCAUAAAGGAGCUGAGGGUCGAACUGCAUUCUGUAAGGCUCAUGGUGGUGGUCGUAGAUGUGAAUUCCUAGGUUGUACCAAGAGUGCAGAAGGUCGGACUGAUCUGUGCAUUGCACAUGGUGGAGGUCGGCGUUGCAGUCAUGAAGGCUGCAGCCGAGCUGCCAGAGGGAAAUCUGGAUUGUGUAUCCGGCAUGGUGGUGGGAAAAGAUGCCAAAGGGAGAACUGCACAAAAAGUGCAGAAGGCCUCUCUGGUCUCUGUAUUUCUCAUGGAGGUGGCCGUCGAUGUCAAUAUCCUGAAUGCACAAAAGGGGCUCAAGGAAGCACAAUGUUUUGCAAGGCGCAUGGUGGCGGUAAACGAUGCACUUCUGAAGGAUGUACCAAGGGUGCUGAAGGGAGCACGCCUUUCUGCAAGGGCCAUGGUGGAGGGAAAAGGUGUUCAUUCCAGGGAGGUGGGAUUUGUCCAAAAAGCGUACACGGAGGCACCCUUUUCUGCGUAGCACAUGGUGGUGGUAAGAGGUGUGCUGUUCCAGAAUGCACAAAGAGUGCAAGGGGGCGGACUGAUUUUUGUGUUCGUCAUGGUGGGGGCAAGAGAUGCAAAUUUGAAGGGUGUGGAAAAAGUGCUCAGGGAAGCACUGAUUUCUGCAAGGCCCAUGGUGGUGGGAAGAGGUGCUCUUGGGGGCAGCCUGGUUCUGAAUUUGGAAAUGGUGAGAGUCCUUGCAAUUCAUUUGUGCGUGGGAAGACCGGGUUGUGUGCUUCUCACGGUGCUCUGGUCCAGGAUAAACGGGUUCAUGGUGCUGUGACAUUAGGAGCUAUGGUCCAGGAUUCAGAACCAAGCAAACCUGAUAAGAUGAAACAGGUUAUCAUUGCUGAAGACAUGAAUGCUGAUAUCAUGAAAAUGGAGAGCAGUGUUAUAACACCUUUCAGUGGUUCUGGUGGGAAAUAUGUUUGUCCCCUGCAAGCUGCUCUGCCUGUUGAAAGAAGUGCAUCGUCAAAUGCAGUUGCAAUUCCAGAAGGAAGGGUGCAUGGUGGAAGUCUGAUGGCAAUGAUGGCAAGCAAUUCUGCUCUGAGCUUUGGCAGCAGCAAUGGCAUGGUUAGUCCAUCUGAGCAAAGGAAGUCUUGGAUCCGUCAAAGCUGGGUCUGAAGACUAUCUGCUUUCCUGUUUGUUUGUUCUAUCAUGUUCAUGGCCAGCAUCUUCUUCUGGUUGUCUGUGCAUCUUCUGCUUUCACAGUUUGUGCUCUUGUUACAUAUGUGCAACUGUUUCAUAUUUGUUUAGGUCGUUGAACUAUGAAUGUGGUGUUGUUGAAUAUGUGUAGCAAUAAGGGGAAAGCUACGUGGCUUUCAGAUGUAGCCUUUUGAUUGUGGUUUCUGGUGUUCAUCUUUGUAAAUAUCUAAAGUUUCGUAAAUUGGGUUAUAGUGUUGGUUUGCCAAAUGUUUGUGUUCAAAAUAAAUCAGGCGAUCUCUUUGUA